AUGGCGACUCGACGAUUGCUUGCCAUACUGGCAUUUCUAUCCUUCCAUCACGUGGUGACCGCUGCAUUCACGAACCCGCCACCGAGCGACUCUAGCAUAAAUAACCCUCACUAUAAGCUGGGGGAGGAGAUCAAGAUCACUUGGGAGACGGAUGCGGAGUUUACUGAUCUUACGAUGUGGCAAACCGAUACUGGGAAGAGAUACAACCUGCAAUCAAACAGCAAAUCGAAGGAGUACAUAUGGAUCGCAUCAUAUCAAGGCAUCGACCCCGCGGACGGAAACUCUUUUAGUCUCUGGCUUUUCAAGACUGGCGACACAGGGGCGCUUUUUGCGAGUCAUACAUUCAACAUCACCGAUCCCUCGUCCGCAACAACGUCAGCGCCAACGGGUACGCGAACAAACAAACCGAACACCAAGACAAAGGCCAGCGAAGCAAGUGAGACGGAGACGACUGCGGCAACUGCUUCGUCGACAAAGGAGCCGUCGUCUGGGCUAUCUACGGGUGCAACCGCCGGAGUGGCAGUAGGCGCUGUCGCUGGAGCAUUUCUCAUUGCUGGUGCUGGGUUCAUGCUCUGGAGAAGACGGAGGAGCAAUAAGGCUGUACCGUCGACAAUCACGGCAGAAGAAGCACCGAAAUAUGGAUAUGCACCGGUCGAAGCACCGGGUGAUAACGCUGCGAGGCAUGGACCGUGGGAAAUGGGAGGGUCGCCUACGCACUUCACCCAUGAAUUACCAGCUGACAGCACGGUACAGCAUCGAAUAUGA